AUGGACACAGUGAGUGUUCCGGUGGAGCAAGCAGAUGAAGCUGUUAAUAUCAGUGAAGACAUUGGAACUGGGACAGAGACUGAAGCAGUCAAAAAGAUGUCCAAGAUGAGGUGGUGGCAGAUCAGGACGGCCAAUCAGAGACUGCUCUUCACUCGCUCCUCCGAUGUGAGGAGACACCAGCUCACCCACACGGGUGAGAGACCUUUCCACUGCUCUCAAUGCGACAGGACCUUCCAGCAUUCGUGGGACCUGACCAAGCAUGAGAAGAAACAUGGUGGGACAUCCAUCUCUUUCCCCUGCCAGCAGUGCGGGAGCUCCUUUGCCAACCUCCGCUCUCUGACAGCCCACCACAGAAGUUCCCACCUGGGCGAGAGCGACCUACCCCACCUCUGCUCCAUCUGUGGCAAGAGCUUCCCCUCCUCCUCUGAGUUGCUGGAGCACAGAAAGAGCCACGGGACCAGCCUUCAGUACAUCUGCCAGCAGUGUGGCGAAAGCUUCCACUCCCUGCUGGCUCGCUCCCAACACCGGCAGACCCACCUGGUCAAGCGGCAGUUCAAGUGCCCGCACUGCGACAAGAGCUAUACGCGCAAAGCUGAUGUGAAGAGGCACAUGUUCUCCCACAGCGGCGAACGACCGCACCAGUGCAACCAGUGUGGGAGAUGCUUUUCCUUCCUCUUCCUGCUCAAGAAACACCAAAUAGUUCACACGGGCGAGAGGCCUUUCCAGUGCUCCUACUGUCCCAAGAGGUUCACAUUGAUAUCCAUCCUGAGCAGACAUGAGAGAAUGCACACCGGGAGAGACCCUUCCUCUGCUCUCAGUGUGGGAAGAGCUUUCUGUCCCAGGGGAGCUGUCCAAGCACCACCGCUCCCACACUGA